AUGGACGAUGCCGAGCCCGUGUCGCCCGGGGCUUCCCACACCCACAAACCCACCGACUCCAUGGUCACCGUCUCGCUGUCCGAUAUCCAGUCCAACUCCGAACAUACCCAGCUAGACUGGCGCUCCCUGGACAUUCCCCCGACCUCCGCCGAAGAAGAUGCUCCCCUCGAGUCCGAGGCCCACAGCCCCGAGGACGAGGAGCUUGGUCCCACCUUGCUCACAAACGCCGUGUACACCCCACCACCUAUCGAAGAAGAAGAAGAAGAGGAAGAUAUUCCAGACUCGGAUUCGGACUUGGACGAUUUGGAUUGGGAGCAUCUGGAUAGAACCGAGGAACAAGAACCUCGGGGAGAAGGAUCCGACGAUUCAACGGCCCUGCUUCUGGCUCGUCUCGAGCAAGAAAACAAUGCCCUGGCGACUAACCCGAAAUCCGGGCUGGCCAAUAGCCCCAAUGUCUCGCAACACCAGAGGCAGUCCCGCUCACAGUCACUGCACCAGAUCAAACGCCUGAUCAAUGAACCAACCCGGUCGGAGCUGCGGUACUCCCAGCUUUCUCCUCCGCCCAUGACGGAGCUGGAGUUCUGGGCCGCCCUGGUGGCGGAUUACCCCCAGACCGCGCAGCGUCUCCCGACCCUGACAUCGAACAAGAUCCAGGGGGAAUUCCACCGAUUGACCGGCGAAAGCAGUCCGUACAAUGACCUAAUCGGCAAAGACAUUGGCCGCAGCUUUCCCAAUGUCGAGAUGUUCCGAGACCCCGCGGGCGAGGGACAGCAGAUGCUGGCUCGCGUGCUACAAUGCUUCAGCCUCUACGACACCAAGAUCGGCUACUGCCAGGGCCUCGGGUUUGUCGUGGGCCCGUUGCUCAUGCACAUGACGGAUGCCGAAGCCUUCUGCGUUCUUGUUCGGCUCAUGGACCACUACAAUCUUCGCACAUGCUACCUGCCCGAUCUCUCCGGCCUUCAUCUCCAUGUCUAUCAGUUCCAGAACCUCCUGGCACGGCACCGACCCGCCCUCUUUGAGCACUUGGAAGCGCUGAACGUGGAGCCAGCGUACGUUUCACAGUGGUUCCUGUCCUUUUUUGCGGUGGUCUGUCCGCUGCCCAUGCUCCUGCGGAUCUACGAUGUCAUCUUCCUGGAGGGCGCCAUUGAAACGUUGAUGCGUGUCGCGCUCUCCCUCAUGCAGCGCAAUGAGAAGAAAAUCCUGGCAUGUACCGAAUUCGAAGAUGUGAUGCAGCUGCUGCUCUCGCGCAGCUUGUGGGAUAUCUACGCGUUCAACGCCGAUGAUCUCGUCAACGACUUCGUGUCGCUGACACCGCUGGUCACCAAGGAGAGUUUGCAGGCCCUCGAAGCCAGCUACAACCAGUCCCAGGGCGUGCCGACAAGCAUUACCUUCCCCUCCAUGCAGGCGGCAGCCACCCGCUUCCUCGGCCGUCUAUGGGCGAGCUCCUCCGUCUCUCACAACUCCCUCAAAGCUCUCACUCCAAACCCGACUCCUUCCCGCCCCCCGAGCACCAUCCGGCGCUCCACCUCCAAACAGAGCAUGACCUCGACACUGAACUCGGUUGAAAGUGCUUCUGUUGCCAGCACGGCCCCGACCGAGGCCUCGUCGGCCAUGACGAUUGACGGCCAGAAAUCGCGCGUCAAAUCCAACAUGUCCUACAACAAGGACCGAGAUCUCCACUCUCAGAUCGAAGACCUGCUCAUGGCCCUGAGCGAGCUGCAGCGCCAACACGCAGACCUCACUCGCGAAAUACAGCAGGAGCGAGAGGAGCGCGAGGAAGACCAGCUGGUGGCGAAGGCCAUGUUGAACCACCUCCAAGAGAUAAGCUCGGACGCACAACCGACGGAUCUCAUCGCCAAGGCGCAGGCCCGGUUCACCCCGUGCGAGGCAGAACCCAAGCGCGAAGAAAUCGUGCAGACGAAGCACCAGCUUCACGACGAGGUGGCCCACUGGAAGGAAAUGCACCAGAUCGAGGCCAGUCGGCGUCAGGACCUGACGCGACGGAUGGAUGAGUUUGAGCAAGAGAAUGCGUCCAUGAAGGAACAGCUCCGCGAAGCUCGCAGCCGGAUCCAAGAUGGAUACCGUGAUCGACAGCGCCUGGAGCGCACGAACCAGGAACUGCGCGCUCUCAAGAGCCCCGCGGCCUCGGAGGCGUCCACGCCCGCCGAGGUCGUGUACUCCUCCGCCUCCGAGAUUAGUAGCGAGGCGACCUCCCCGGGCCUGCGCGAGCUGACGCUGGUGCGCACCAAUUCGGUGAAGAGUCCGACCUUCAACAAGCGGUCCAGCAGUCUGGGACUGCAGACUAUACUCUCCACCACUAAUAACCAGCCCGGAACCGACGAAACACUGCUGCUGGAGCUGGUCAACGCGAAGACGGCCGAGGCAGUCGCGCAGCAGGAGCUGGAGGAGGUGAAGGGCAAGCUGGAGGCGCUGCGAAAGUUGGUCGGCUCGUCUACCCCCACGCCCGGCAAGGAGAACCGAAAUUCCCUCCUCGGGGGGCGAUCCUUGACGGCGCAGAGCAGCAUCCAGAAGACCCCGACUGAGCCAGCCAAGCCUGCGGCCACUCCGGGCGGAUUCUUCAGUGGCUGGGGACGUCGGGUCGCGACGACGCCGCCGGUCGGCGCUGAAACUCCUUGA